GCCGACCUUGCGCGGCUAGGCGUCCGGUGCUCGAUCGGUGUGCGGACGGCAUGGGAUAAGACGCCGCCAUGGUGCGCCGAGAUCGCCUCCGCAGGAUGAGGGAGUGGUGGGUCCAGGUGGGGUUACUGGCCGUUCCCCUGCUGGCCGCCUACCUGCACAUCCCGCCCCCGCAGCUUUCCCCUGCUCUUCACUCCUGGAAGUCGUCCGGCAAAUUUUUCACCUACAAGGGACUGCGCAUCUUCUACCAAGACUCCGUGGGUGUGGUUGGAAGCCCAGAGAUAGUCGUGCUACUACAUGGGUUUCCAACAUCCAGCUAUGAUUGGUACAAGAUUUGGGAAGGUCUGACCUUGAGGUUUCAUCGCGUGAUUGCCCUUGACUUCUUAGGCUUUGGCUUCAGUGACAAACCGAGACCUCAUCAUUACUCCAUCUUCGAGCAAGCCAGCAUCGUGGAGGCGCUUUUGCGGCACCUGGGGCUUCAGAGCCGCAGGAUCAACCUCUUGUCUCACGAUUAUGGCGAUAUCGUGGCCCAGGAGCUGCUCUAUAGGUUCAAGCAGAAUCGAUCUGGUCGGCUUACCAUAAAGAGUCUCUGUCUGUCUAAUGGAGGUAUAUUUCCGGAGACUCACCGUCCCCUCCUUCUCCAAAAGCUUCUCAAAGAUGGAGGCGUGCUGUCACCCAUCCUCACGCGAUUGAUGAAUUUCUUUGUAUUCUCUCGAGGCCUCACCCCAGUCUUUGGGCCAUACACCCGACCCUCUGAGAGUGAGCUGUGGGACAUGUGGGCAGGGAUACGCAACAAUGACGGGAACUUAGUCAUCGACAGUCUCUUACAGUACAUCAAUCAAAGGAAGAAGUUUAGAAGACGCUGGGUGGGAGCGCUUGCCUCUGUAACUAUUCCUAUUCAUUUUAUCUACGGGCCCUUGGAUCCUGUGAAUCCCUAUCCAGAGUUUUUGGAGCUGUACAGGAAAACGCUGCCGCGGUCCACAGUGUCGAUUCUGGAUGACCACAUUAGCCACUAUCCACAGCUAGAGGAUCCCAUGGGCUUCUUGAAUGCAUAUAUGGGCUUCAUCAACUCCUUCUGAGCUGGAAAGAGUAGUUUCCCUGUAUUACUUCCCCUACUCCUUUAUCUGUUGUAUAUUCCACUUAGGAAGAAAUGCCCAAGAGAGGUCCUGGCCCCAACCACUAUUCUCUCACAAGUCCACCUGACUCACACUGGUGAACAACAUACAGUAAAAAGCCAGCAAAGCUCUGACAAAGUGUGACCUAACAGUCUAUUCCCACCCCAUUCCUCUGCCAUCUGAGCAAGUAUAUAGACUUGCCUUUGUCUUUGUGUUAUUAGGAAAUUCUGAUGCACACGUUGCUGAUGCAGAAAGGCAGAGACACAUUCUUUUGCAUAAAAGAUUGUUUUUAACACUUCUAUGGGCUUUUCUGAAAAUAAUUAGAAAGGCUGAUUUUCUGGCCCAUCCCGUGAAGAAUGAGGAGAGGGUGCCACCUUACUCUCCUCUUAUUGGCUUCAGGGGCACAUGCUGCUUUUUAAAGUUCUUUAAUACAGUUUGAAGUGAGAGACUCCCCUGUCAUAAUUUUGGAUUUAGUUUUAUCAGCUGCUUCUAAUUAUAGACAUUUUGUUAGUUUAGUUCAAAUACUGUAGUAUUCUGCAUAUGCUUUAAGACUUUGGUUAACACUAUAACAUAUAUAUAUUUUUAUAAGGCUACUAAACCAGCACUUAUUCUGGUGUAAUAGUGAACCUUAUUAAACAUGCUUAAUUUCUAAAUAAAUCAAACUAAAUCCAAAUUAUUUACAGAAUUUCCUAAAAUCACAGGACAUUAAGGACCAAUAGUAUCUGUGCCAGAGAUUUACUGUUAUUAGCUGGGAAGACCAGUUCUAACAGCAAAUAACAGUCUGAUUUCUUCAUACCUCAGUGCUUAGAAGCAUGUCCCUCCUGAGCUGGAGGGGAGGGGAUCGUUGUAUAGUCCAAGUUUCCAUGCUGAAUGUACAUUGACUUCUUUUAUGAUGACUGCUUAAUUUCUCAUUGGUUAACCCAAAGAGGCUUCCUCAUAUAGCUUAGCAAUUCCUGUACUUCACAGACAGGAAAGUUCCAGAA